AUGGUCAUUUGGAUUUCACUGAAAUCGCUUCCAACAGUACCCCGGCGGGACUCGAAACCGGCAUACCUUUUAACGAUAGAUCUGACGCUUAGAUUUCUCUUCUCUUCACGCUAUCCCCUCCUCUCAGGCAAUCUACCACCUUCCGGUACGGCUCCGGGACAUGGCCCCGGUGCACUCGCUUUCCUCGACCGGAACGAUUUGCAUCUACGUCACCGACGAGAACGACAACUCUCCGCAGUUCAUCGAGCCGGCCGAGCUCUUUUCUUUGAGUGA